CUCUUUUCGUUCUCCGCCUUCCCACACCCCUUCGGCAAAAGCACAGCACAGCACAGAACUUCCAAAAACACCAUCCACCCACAAAAACCUUCCAAAACCAUGCGCACCACACAGUCCCCACGCAGGGUCAGCAUCCUUCUGGCCCUCAUCGCCAUUCUCGUCCUCUGCAUCUUGCCCAACCUGGUCGACGCCUCGCCUCAGGGCCAGCGUAACAGACGCCAGGGUCAGAAGAAGCCGAACAAAAAUAACAACAACAACAACAACAACAACAACGGUGGUGGUGGUGGGAGGGGCAACGGUAACAACGGUGGUGGUGGUGAUGGGAAGGGCAACGGUAACGGUAACGGCGGAAACAACGGCGGAAACAACGGCAACGGUAACAACGGCGGCGACAACGGCAACGGUAACGGCAAUAACGGCGGCAACAACGGCAACGGCGGCGGCGAUACCUCCGCGGCAGUCUCUCAGUUUUGCAAGGACACGGGACUCACUCCUUCAGAUGGAACUCAGAUCAAGGAUGGCGCUUGCACGAGUACUCCGAUUGGUGCCUUGCCUACUACUGCCAACAUGGUCUCAAGCCUAAUAACCUCCCCCUCCAACGGCGCAACCCUCGACGCCUCCUCCGACCUCCUCGUCACCGUCGACUACCGCAACCUCGACACCGGUUUCUUCUCCGACCCAGCCAAAACCUACUACACCAUCCCGCAAACCCUCAACUCCGACGGCGUCAUCCAAGGCCACUCGCAUAUCACCAUCCAACCGCUGGGUUCCAAAGCCAACGCCGCGCCCGACGCGAGAACGUUUGCCUUCUUCAAGGGGCUGAAUGACGAAGCGCAGAAUGGCCGCACGUUGAGUGUCACGGUGCCGGGCGGCACGUUUACCGAGGACGGCGUGUAUCGCAUCUGCUCCAUGAGCGGGAGUAACUCGCAUCAGCCCGUGAUCAUGCCCGUGGCGCAGAGAGGCGCCCAGGAUGAUUGUAUCAGGGUCACCGUCGAGGGCGCUUGAAGAGGACUUUUCCACUUCGAACGGGGUUUUUUGUAUAUAUCUGUUCGGUACCCCCGUCACCCUCCUACCUAACCCGCAUACGUGUUCCAUACCCCCUCGUCCUUCAUGUAUCUAUUUCAUCUUUCGCUCUUUGUUUUUUGUGUUUGCUUUUGUUUUUCCCCCCUGCGUAUAUAUAUACCGUUUUCCCUUCACCCCAUUUGUUCUGCGCGUAGACUUGCUUCUUCGCCCGACUUCUUCUUCUUCAUCGUUUUCGUCUCGUACAUGUGACACGUAUUGGCGUAAAAGAAAAAAUGUCAAAAGUUUCCUUU